CACUGUCGUCACAUUGAAACAUUGUAUUUCAGUACAGUACACAUGAUACACACGAGUAUGAUUUGUACUAUGUACAAGCUAAUACUGGAUUCGCGUGCAAAUAGUAUAUUUAGCUGUUCCCCAUUUCCCCAUUGUAAGGCAUCUUUUGGAAGUGCCCCAAUCAGGUACCUAUACCUAUAACUAAGGGGACACUACACGUGUGCCUUCAUAUUUCCUCGGACGGUAAAGGGGGACAGGGGUCAUUAUACAUAAGUUCAAGACUCGUGUGGAAACAGGAAAGGGAAACGUUUUUCAAGAUAACUCGUGCAUCCCCCCCCCCCCCACAUUUAAAUUGCUAAGGGUGAGGGUCAGGGCCAGGCAUGUGGUAUGUAAACAUGUUCACAAAGGUACAUCGCCAUUAAAGAAGGAGUGUCUCAGGAUAAUGCCAGACCAUCACUUGGCAAAUGGAGCUACAGCUAUACAUCUGACACCAAAAACUCAUGCGUGUCAUAUCAACAGAUUACAUCACUGACCUCUUCUUAUUACAAAAUGCAAGAAAACACUGUAACACUGCAUCAGGGCGAUCAGUGUCUCUACUCCCCGCGCCCACUUCGGAGUUCCCGGAGAUAACAAAUAAACAAUGUCAUUUGCACAGGAGAACUAAAAAGAUAUCGAGGAUUUUGGACGUGCCAUGCAUUUUUUAUGUGUUUGACACAGGGUACAGGAAUACUAACCUGGGAGAAAUAAUGAGACUGCACCAACCCCCAGGAGAUUUGGGAAGUCACUGUCUACCUUCAAUGAACAUAUACAUCACACCAGGAGUCAAGUUAGUUCUGUUAGGUUACCGCACAUAAUCACCAAUUUGUCCUUUGAAAGCUGUUAGAAUAAUAAGACAGGACAUUCUAAGUCCAACAUACUAGCCAACCAAACCUUGUAUGCAGUGAAGUCCAGUGGGGAAGAGAUAGGCCUACUAAUUCAGCGGUGCCUUACUUUAGAAAUAUGGUAAGUUUGGAAAUUUCUGGUGUAAUACCAUUCCUGUUUGUGGGAUAAUGCUCACUUAUGCUAUUGAUUUGAUUGAAAAAAAUGGAUGAAGAUUGCUUCUGAAACUCUGAUACAGGAGGCCAAGUAGGAACUAAUAGGCAUAUUAAUAGUGUUGGUAUUGUUUGUCAGCAAAUUUAGACCAGCAGCACAAUGUGAGAAAUUAUGACCUAAAUUGUUGGACUUUUCUCAGUUGAAAGAAUCACGACUUAUGAAAAAAGUGUAACAUAAUACACACACUUGAGACCAUUUGCCAACUAUGACAGGAUGUGCUUUCUGUUCUCAGUAUUAUUUCUGUCUUCAGUGUCAUCAUGGCUAAGGAGUCUUCCAGUUCCUGCGAAAGUUUACCUCAAGAAAGCGGCCUCAUGCCUGGAGAGAUGGCUGAAGCUGGCGCUGGGUUCGAUUCAAAGGGCUUUGGCCUGAAAGCUCAAAAGAAGUUACUUAGCAAGAUGUCGACCAGAAAGAUUCUGAAAGCUUUCAUUGAUGACACAACAAGUAGGGUCUUGGACAAUCUGUAUCGCAUCGCAAAGGACUACAAAGGGAAAAAAGAAGCUGAAAAAAUCAUGAAAAACAUCAUUAAAAUUGUUGUCAAAAUCGGAAUACUCUAUCGCAAUGACCAGUUUGAUACGCAUGAGCUAACCAUCGCUGAACAAUUCAAACGAAAGUUUCGUUCCUUGGUGCUGACGAUCAUUAGUUUCCAUGAAGUAGAUUUCACUUUUGACAGAAAUUAUCUCUCCGGACUUAUCAACGAGUGCAGCGAGAUGUUGCACAAAUUGAUUGCACGCCAUUUGACGGCAAAGUCACAGGGACGUGUGGAUAAUGUGUUCUCAUUUUUCUCGGAGGCAAAUUUCUUAGAGGUAAUGUUCUCACCUGAUGGCAAAUACAAAGACACACUGAAAGUUAUCGUCAAAGAUCUGGAAAAAAUGAUGGAUGAUGGCAUCUUAUGAAGCAAUUUGUGUGAAACAUUUGGUGGAUAAUUUCAUAUUCUCAGAGAGUUUGGUAUUUCCGCUCAUAAUUUGUACAUAUAUUCCAGGUCUAUAACUGGGCAUUUUUGAGAAUUGUAGUUUACAGUUCUUUUGAAUAGUAUUAAGCAAGAAUUCUUCCUGUCAUUAUUACAUUACAGGCAUCUCAACUAUAUGUACAGUCCUGGCAGUUUUGAUGAGGUUUCUGUAAUACUUGCAAUAAACUUGAUGGUUUUUCAGUUUUAAAUUACAACCAUCUCCAAUGAUUGCAUACAGUGUACUUCUUGAGUAGGUAGUUCAAAAAGAGUUAAGAUCUGAAAAAAUGUUCUCUUUAAUCAUCCUUCCUCAUGAACUUAAAUAUUUACAUCUGAUCUGUGUUAUGAUUUAUUGAGGGUGUUUGUUGAUAUCUACAUUGUAACAAGGUGCUCUUUUCAUGUCUUUUUUGUCUUUAAACAAACAUGUCAGACAUGUCAGAUGAACAAGAAUCUCACUUGUUUGGAAACGAUGGUUCUAACUUAUCUAUCGUAUUGGCGCCCAUAUACAUUUUGUAAACAUGUGUGCUUAUAAUCGUAUAUUAGCUCAUGCAUGUAUAAAUGAUCAUAAAUGGUGAUGAAGUAUCUGUGCACAUGCUGACUGCACAUCCAUUGCUAUUCUGUUCCUUUUGCAUUGAUCAUUUUGAUGUAAAGCAAUUUUGUGUUAAUAUAAAGCGCAUGUGCUGGUAGCUUUAUGCCAAGUAUGUGUGUGGGUACCGUAAAGGUAAUGUCAACUCUGUAAUGACCUUGGGAAUUGGAAAAUUGCUUAUUAGUUCCCUCCUGUCCACAGAUAAAGGUUGUUUAUGUUUUGACUUUAAAACCACUGAAACUUGACUGAAAAUAAUAUGCUGUAAAUAUGGUAAAUGAGAGUUGUAGGUAGGCCUAAUACCCCAAAGCUAUCAUGGUUCAGGUCCCGCUGUGCUUGAUCCUUUCCUAGACCACUUAAUACUUAGUUCUACAAGCCUAACCAUUACUUCUGAAAGGAUGUAAUACAUUGAUUAUGACCAAGUCUCCUUGUUGUGCUUCCAGACUAGGAUUAAUAUUUCCCAUUUUAUAUAUGAAUCUAGCAAGGUGUUGUGGGUCAACAUAACCAUUAAAUUUGAUGUAUGAGUAUUUGAAUGGCUUUCGAAAGUUCUCUCGGUGCUUGACAGGCCUAAUUGCCCCCCUCAAAGUCUCUACAUCAGAGCAUUCAACAAUCCAAUGGUUUACCCUUCUCUACCUCGAGGUCUCUUUCAUUUCAUGUGAUGGUUUUUCACCCAUGUACGCCCCUCUCAUAUAACUAUGAAGCGUGUUGCACUGGAGAAAUAAUAUGCUACAGACUUCGUUUCCAUGCAAUCCAUUAAACUCAGUCUGAUGCUUUGCUUCAUAAAAACUUUCAUGUUCUUUUCCUUUACUGGUAUGCCUCCAGAGUUUGUUCCAUGCAGUUUGAAAAGUUCUUUUACAUUUGA